GCCAUUUUCAAACAGCAGCGGCAGGAGGAGUUGUGGGGUGAGGCGGGUAGACGGUUAGGAAACCAAGGGAACGCAAAGGUUGCUUGGACCAGGGAGAUUGCACACCUCCUCUGGGGAGCAGGCAGGCAAACGGUCCACAAUGAUAGAUACUGUCCAAAUCCGGCGCCGAGGAGCUGUAGACUUUGAGUCAUAUUACGAGUAUGCCUGUACUCUGCAGGACUUGGUUCCACUGCCAGCUGUCAGGGCAAACCUAUGCCAGGGUGUGCUAGAUAUCAACGGAGAUCGCAUCAAGCUGGCUGACUGGACUCCCAUUUUAAAUUCUCUUGCUAUCAACAAACAUUUACAUCAUGUUGCAGUUAGAAGCUGUUAUCAACCAGGUCUUAGUGAAGGAGAAAGAUAUAGAUCAACCUACAGGAAAAGAAUCCCAGCUUUCCGUUCCAAGGAUAUGACAUUUCGAUUGUGCAAAUCGGUGCGAGACUGCCUGAGUGUUUCGCAUGCCCUUAAAUCCCUGGAGCUGCAAGGGCUUCCAUUGCGAGAAAGAGAUUUAGUUGUUCUCACGAAGGGUUUAGCAAAAACUGUGUCUUUGGAGAACCUUUCAUUGGCAUACUGCCCUAUAGCGGAUGAAGGGCUGGAAGUUAUCUGCCAGAGUGUGAAGAACUCCUCUACAAUCAAGACAGUUAAUUUUACAGGCUGUAACCUGACAUGGCGAGGAGCAGAACACAUGGCAAAUAUUAUCAAGCACCAGGCAACCAGACGGCACAGCGAGGCCUGGGCUGAGAGCCUCCGGUACAGGAGACCUGACCUAGAUUGUAUGGCUGGCCUUCGAAGAAUCAGCAUGUGCUGUAACACUCUGAUUGGGGAUCGGGGGUCUGCAGCGUUUGCAGAUGCUCUAGGAGAAGAUCUGUGGCUUAAAGCUCUAGACCUUCAGAAAUGUGGGAUAUCCAAUGCUGGGGCUAAAGCACUGCUGGAUAUGCUUCAUUCCAACUCAACCUUAGUCGUUCUUGAUCUUCGGAAAAAUCCUCUUGUAGAUAAUGCUCUAGUGAAGUUGAUUAUUGAGAGAGUACUUGUGAAUGCUAAUGGAACCAGUCCUGAGUACAAGUGGAUACAACCUCCCUCAUCUAAGGAAUCAUUGAGACAGAAACCACAAAAAAGAACCAUAAUGCUUGGAAAUGGAGUGAAAGGAAAGGCGACUAUCAGAAUAGGAUCCCGGAGACCACCGUCAAAUGGGAGAACUACUUGUGUUACUGCUUAUGUCCCACAGCCUUUACCUCCAGGGGCGAUUGGCUAUACACCUUGGCGAACUGCAGCACGUGCCUGUAGACAGAGGGGUUUCCCUCGGGGUUUGCAUCAAGAAAAUGUGCUCAUAGACCAUCCAAUUCAGGUAAACUUUGCUGUACUCCUGAUAGAAUAUACUGUGGAUUUGGAAGAGUGCUUGCUCAGGCUAAAGGAGGAAAAAAGGGCAAGAGCCAAGCUAGAUGCUCGGUUGGUUGAGCUAGAAGUUGAAAACACGCGAUUAAGAAAUAUGAACCUUUCUCUGUCUGAGGCCCUCCACAGUCAAUCAGUAACAUCUAGUGUACUUGAAGAUGAAGCUGUCUUUACUCUUGUACAAUUAUUUAAAAUUAUAUAUAAUAUCAAUUCUUUAAUAUAUAUUUUUUGUAGUCUAGGACAGCUUGCUUCUAUGGCAGGAAUUGACCAGUCUGAUUUUGGACCACUGGGAGUCCCUCAGCUUUCUUCUACUGUUGGUACAUGUAAAAAAGGAGGCAGUGAGGAGACUGAACACAAGAGAGAUGAAAUGCCUUCAGGAAUACAGACAGAGCUCCAGAAAACACAGUUCUUUCAAGAAAGUCGAGCUGAGGAAGCAUACUUCAAACAUCCAAGUGAAAGUGGAAGGAGUAGCAGACAAUCCUUGAGGAAUGGGGCAAAAGAUAGAGAAGAACCAGGAAAACAACAGAGCAGUGCUGAUCAUCCAUCUGCUCUGAACUCGUCGGCCUCAGGAGAUGGUAUCCACAAGCAGAGACGGAGAAUAUCCAGCAUGAGCACCAGUGGCCGAAGCCAAUCGCUAAAGAGCGGCUCUCAAACCAGUGGUGAAGGUCCUGUUGGUGUACUGGGAGGGCAUAGGAGUGAUUCUGGAUCAGCUGAUCAUCAUAAAGACCAGCUUUCCAAAUCUGGCUCAGAGCUCCAUUGCCUUGGAAAUGUGUGAAAUGAGUCUAAAGAGGGUUUCUGAUAAAACAUUUAAAAAAAACAAUUGUCAGUAAAGGAACCUUCUGUAGAAUACUGAAGGCAUCUGUAUUUAUAUAUUUAUAAAUCAUCUAAAAUUACAUCCAGCAGGCAAUUUGUAAAAACAACAGGAAGUGUCAUUACAAACAUGCAAGUCAGUAAAAAAACUUUCAGACAGCUAAACUAGCGAUAAUGUUAAGAUACUGCUUAUUAUUGAAUUAUAAUUUUUCAGAAAAUAUUCUUAAAUGAGAAGAAUGGGGUGGUUUUGGGUAUG